GCAAUCGCCCAUCCCUUUCAUCGGUACCCUGUCUCUCAGCUGCUUUUCGGACAUCUUUUCUGCCACACACGCCCAUACUUUCUCUCUCUCUCACACACACACACACACUCUCAUCCUUCUUCUUCUUCUUCGUUCGAUGGCCUUUAACCUAUUCCAACUCCUCCUCAUGGUGAUCCUAUGAUCAAAUGGCGACCGUACCAUCAUUCUUCAACGGCUUCCUCUCCCUCUUCCUCCUCCUCACUCUCCACCUGGGCUGCUGCGGCCUCUCACCAACACCAAACCCCGAUACAGACCAACAGCAAUCACCGCCAAAGAGGAGGAAGAUCUCCCCGCUCUCCCCCUCGCCACCUUCUUCCGCCUCCGCUCCAAAACCCCGCAAAUCCUUCUCCCUUUCCCUUCGAUCCUAUCUCAGCCGUCUCUUCCCCUCCUCCUCCCACACACCCAAGGAGGAUCGAUCUCCACACCGGCCCAUCCCCCAACAGUCUCCUACAAUAGCGAAGCCGAUUCCGCUAUCGCCCGAUGUGUCGGACGAUAAGGCCCUGUCCGUGUCCGAGCCCGAAAUAUCAGCGCCCGUGCACACCUCCUUCGCCUUCCGGUGCGACGUCUUCCCCUGCCCGGCGUGCGGCGAGGUCCUGAGCAAGCCCCAUCUCCUCGACCUUCACCAGGCCACCCACCACUCCCUCUCCGAGCUCUCCGACGCCGACGCCGACUCCGGCAACAACGUCGUCCGCAUCAUCUUCCACUCCGGCUGGAAAGGAAUAUCAUCCCCCACCAUCCAUCGCAUCCUCAAGAUCCACAACGCCCCCCGGACUCUCGCGCGGUUCGAGGAGUACCGCGAUACCGUCCGGUCGAGGGCGUCGCGGCGCGGCGGCGACGAGCGCUGCAUCGCGGACGGGAACGAGCGGCUAAGAUUCUACUGCUCCACGAUCCUAUGCUCGCUCGGGCGAGACGGGGUGUGCGGGAGCCCCUAUUGCAGCGCGUGCGGGAUCGUGCGGCACGGGUUCGCAGGGAAGCAGGCGGAGCUGGACGGCAUCGCGACCCACGCCACAAGCUGGGCCGCACACCUGUCGCUGCCGGAGGACCUGGAGCGCGAGUUCGCCUACCUGCACGUGCGGAGGGCCAUGCUGGUCUGUCGCGUCGUGGUGGGGAGGGUCGCGCGCGGCGGUGGCGGCGCGGCAGCGGCGGCGGCGGAGGAAGAGGAGGAGAAGGGGACCUCUCUGUUCGAUUCGGUGGUGCCGGCGGGGCGGGGCGGCGGGGACGAGGAGCUUCUGGUGUUCCAUCCGAGGGCGGUGCUGCCGUGCUUCGUCAUCAUAUACACUGCAUGAUCUCACGUGAACCGUCAGACAGCCAGUCGUUGAUGGGUGGGUCCUGGUAGCACAAAAAGUUCGUUUCCUUCCCCUGUGUGAGAUGCCUUUUCUUUCCGUCCGUCUCUUUUCCCUUUGUUUGCGGUAAUAUGAUAUCCUCCGGCAGCAGAACUUAACGGUGCCUGAUUAGACUGCGUUGUGUGUUCUCUAGAUCUGACGGCUAAGGGUGUCACCGCAAGUUUGGAUGUUCCUCGGUUCUUUGAAAUAAAUAAUUGUAAUCUAUAUAGUAAGUAGGGAAUUAGAAAACCGUACGGUACUGUUGCGGUGUACAGCACACUGCAUCCAUCACAUGAUAAAUGAUGAUAUACGAUCGCACAUAAUGAACGCACAUUCAUGUACGAUCGUUCAGUGGCUGCUCCAUCAGCCAUGCUUGGAGCGGAUACAUAGCGGGCUGGAGAUAUAAAUUCCGGAUCUGGAUCACGCUGUCCUCCAGACAGCCUCUUUAUUUACACGAGUCUAGCGUGGACUCUGCGGCCUUGGUUUUUUGUAUGUGUAUGUUGUCAUACAUACAGUUCAUGUUCUCUGUGGUGCAUGUUUUGCACCGUAGAGGGUCGUUCAUCGUGAAGACCAACGAUUGUCACUGAACUUGAGAAUAAAGUAGGUUGUGUUGGUUGUCCAA